ACUUUAAAUGCUUUAUUAAAGCAUAUACUUUGCGAAGUUAUUAUCAAAAUAGACGCGCCAAAGGAUAUUGUGGCAUAAAAUGUUACAACAAAACGUAAAUACGUCGUGUGUUCACUAAUAAAUAGCUUUCGUGCACAUUUAAGGUGUGCUAUCAUGGCAAGCAACAAAUUCCAGAUCGUGGUUCAGGGAGAAGCUUCUGAAACUGACUCGGAAGAUGAAAUGUACAUCACCUCUGCUCCUCCUGUCCAUCCAUCAUCAUCAUCAUCAUCAUCAGGGAUGAAGGUGGCAGGAGAGGCAUCCGAGACGGACAGCGAGGAUGAGGAGGAGCGAGCUCGCAGACUAGCCUCUGAAAGCCAUCAACAGAUGCUCCGCAAAGACCUUCCUCCUCUCAUCGUGAUCAGAAACACACCUGCGACUGCGUCUGGACAGGAGGAGCUAUCGUCGCCUGUGUCCAGACCUGACUCAGGUAGGUUUAACACGUUACUCCAGCAGAAACUGCAGGAGAGCAAUGCGCGGUUGUGCGCGGACGUCAGUCAAAGCCUGAAACAGGUGUAUCAGAACGCUGCCAAGGAUGUAAGACAGGCCACGGCUCAUCUCAACAACUCUCAGACUGGCAUCAUCAACGCGUCCCACAGCAUUAGACUCAUACUGGAGGACCUGAAGUCAGUGUCUGAGAAGAUCGACAUCAUUACGAGCUGUCAUCUGCUGCCGGACAUCACCAUGCCAAACCCACUGUCUGAACAAUCCUAAUCAAAUGUUUGAGAGCACAACUGCCAGGCUGCUGUAUAGUAUGCGAUGUAUAUUAAAUGACAAAUGUUGAUAAAUAAGGGCCUGCUGUUGAGCCGUUGAAGGUCCAGUAUUAGCCACAGCUUGAAUACAUUUUUAUGAGUCUGAUUUGUGCUACAAAUCAAUAGUAUUUGACCAAGAUGCUGAAUAUUAUAAGUGGAUCCCCAAAUUAAUAACAUUAAAAUUAUUUUGGGGUGAUAUGCUGAAUGCGCUAAUGAGACAAUAAAUUAAGUUAAAAAAAAUUCUAAACUUGCCCACUGUUUAAACAAAAUUUCCCCUUUUCCUUGU